UUUGACCUAUUUUUCCACCAUCAUGGAAAUUACAGGUUACACAUGAGAAAAGAGUUGUGGGAGUUUUCGAUUUAUGAUGGAAUCGUGAAUUUUCAAGAGUAACAUUGAAUGAAAACUAUUGGUCUGAAAUGUGGUACUACCUAUGGAGCGUUUUAUACAUAUUCAUCUUGAUUUGGCUGAUUACAAGAUUGUUGGCAUGGUUGACCCAGUGGGUGCUCCAGCGAUAUUGGGGAGUCUUGGUGAAGAUCGGCAGCGUGGGACUCUUCAGCUGCAAGAAGGUUCAAAUAGUCAUCAAGAAAGGACUCUCAGUGGAGAUUGAGAAAGCUUGGCUAUCAAGUGUAUUUUUUAAUCAAGAUGUCAAGAAACCACUGGUGAUAUGUAUUCAGGAUAUUCGCGUGCAGGCAGAUGUCCACCACGAAGAUCAAGGAUCCACUCCCCGUCCACAAGAAAAGAAGUCGGUGCUUGGCAAACUAGCCUAUUACAGCCAGUUUCUGGGACUGAAAAUCUCCAACCUAACAGUGAUGUUGCUAAACACCAUGAUACAAGACUGCUUAGUGCAUGUGAAGAGUGAUUCUGUUAAUCUGGAUAUCACUGUCAUAGAGGGCUGCUAUCAACUGACUUUUGAUGUUGACAGUGUGAAGUGUCAGGCUUUACGCAGUCCUCAGACGACAGAGAAUACAGAGCCAUGCUUAGCCGAGGUGUCAUGGAACUUAAUCCAUCUCCAAGCACUGAUAGAAAGUGGAUCCAAGAUCAAGUCAGCCAGAGUUUUGGUAAAGAAACCUUGGGCAAUGAUGACAGAAGCCUUCCUCACUGGAUUACAAGAAGUCCGAAGGUCUCGCCUGGCCUCAGCCUUAGCUACAGAGGAGAGGUCCUUACACCAUCAAAACCCUGGUGCAACCAUUCCUUUAGAACAGAUGAUUCCAAAUGAGGUUGGAAUAGACAUAACAGAUUUAAAUACAGUGAUAGUUAGAGAUAACAAACAGAGAACUCUUAGCAUAAGUUUGAAAAUGUUCCACACAGAGUUUUUUAAAGGAAAGAGCUUACAAGAAGUUAAUGGAAGUAGUAUGGAAGGAGCAGUUCUGAACAUUAUUAUAGAUGAUUUCCAUACCAAAUCUCCACAAGCAAGAUUUGCUGAUUUACUUAAUUUGAAAAUCAAAUGCAAGCUGGGAAUUGAUUCCAUAGAGAGUUCUUUGGCUUUGCAUGGUGGAUACUUCCACUACCACCAUGAUGAAGUGCAAUAUUGGAGCAGUAUUAUCUCUCGAUUAUUUGAGGGACAACCCACCCCACCACUGCCUGUCAUACCCACCAAUUCUAGUCAAUCAUCGCCCCUAAGAAAGAAGAUUCAUGACUUCCUCCACAGUCGUGAGGUUUCCUGUAUUGUUCAGCUCCAUGAUGUUUCCUCCGCUGUGUCGUCUGCUAUAUGUACCGGUCUCCAUGUUGGUGUGCAAUCUACUAAGUUCUCUUUUGCAGUCUUUCCAGGAGUGGCAGGGGAUAGCCAACCGCAGGACCUCUCUUGUCAUUUGGAGGUACAAACAGUCUACUGUCAACCCAUGGAAAGUACAGUUGCACCAGACAAGCUGAAUAAUAAAUGCCAUUACUGGGAUCAUCCUAUUUACACAGAUACAUUAGUGCUUAAGUUAAUGAAGUCUGGAAAGGAUGUAGAAGUAACAAUCAUUGUGAUGAAUGGCCAGCUAGAGUGGUCCUCAAAUACCAUCGGCAUCGUACAGAGUUUCUUCAGUUCUCUGCAGCGAUCUCGCUCCUACUCUGGGGAGAUGAUUCUCCAGAGCUCCUCCUUGCCUAGUGCCAAAAAGACAGGGAAACUGCCCUGGAAACUUCCAGAGGAUUUGAACACUACACUCAACUUUGAGGCCACUAACAUUAACAUGUUCAUUACAAAUAAUUACAAAGUGGGUUUGAUGAUGCAAGUGGACACUGUCUUGGUUUGUGCACAGCCCAAACAUAUAGCGGUGGCUAUAGAGGGAGCUCGUGUCAUCCCAGUACAGCUCACUGAUCAGUUCAUGAAGCUACAUAGUUCCAGCUCCUUAACCAAACCUGCAGCCCAUAUUCAGAAAGUGGCAAUCAAAUAUUCUGGUUCAAGUGAUGUAUUAGACAUCAGGGUGUCCCAUACUUUGUCCUGUCAGUGGGAGCCCGGCCACCAUAUGUGUGUCAUUCAGGCUCUAGAGGACACCAAAGAACUUGUCACAAAGCUCAAGGAAUGGAAGAAGUCCAAUCCAGUUCAACCAAACUCAUCCAACAAAUUCAAAACAGAAAUCCAUAUAGCUAUAGCAUCAAAAACAAAUUUGACACUGAAACUGGCGCAGCAAAGAACGGUAACACUACAAGUAGAGGGACUGGUGAUCAAGAGAUCUGUGACAGAGGUCCUGAUGGAGAUGAGCUGUCUAGACAUUCAGUGUGACAAGCAUCAAGUGUUCCACAUUCAGGACAUCCUCUUUGCUGCAGUGGGUGAUUCUAAUGUAAUGAAGGAAAGGUCUGUCCUGGGAAAUCUAAGUCUAAAAUCAAACCGUUCAUGGAAUAUAUCGUUUGAAACUUUUGAAGUUAUUUUCCCUUUCAACUACAACUUUGCCGAAUGCUUUGAAGAGUUUAUCAACCUUUUCAAAUGGUGGAAGUUAGUACAUAAGGUACAAAGGAAGCAGUUUACUUUGGAGAGCAAACUGCCCCCAGAUCUUAAAAUCAAAGCCAAGUUAUUCAUUGUGCAACUCAGUGAUGACCCAUUCGAAGUGAAACUUGGGGAUAAUUAUGACUUACUGAAAGAUGAAUGCAAUGAGGGCAUUAAGAGGAAGAAAGUACUGGAUCAAAAGAUCCAGGAAACAAGGAGCAGGGUCAUCAUUCCAGCUGAUAAACUACAAGAACUGUACGCUUCCUUGGCAAAGAAAAGCAGCGAGAUCUACAUCCAACGCUCACAGAAGUUAUACGAGCAGACGCCAAUGAGGAAAAGGCUGUUUACCUGGGCAAUGGAAGACUUAGAAAUCUUAGCCUUUGCUGAUCUGUCAUUCCAUGGGAAAGAAAAUGUUGUCAAGCACAUGCAAGAAAUUGAUAAAGACAGUCCCUACCCAUCAGAAGGACUGGAGUUUCUGACAUUGUGGUGUCGUAUGGUCAACGUGAGUCUCAGUUCCUGGAUGGUCACCAUGAGGGACUACCCCCAGCCAUGGCUGGAGGUCAAGGACAUGCAUCUGUGGGGGAGGCUGAUCGGGGCAGAGCAGGAGGGGCUCAAAAGAGCUAAAAGAUCAUGCAAGGUGUCAGUUGGAGGCCCAUGGGGGGAGAUGUCUGUGGAAAGAAACCUUCCAGCUCUUAAGUUCUAUCAUGACUUCAGCUGUGACAUAAAGUCCUGGGUCAUGGCUUAUGGAGCAUGCUGGGAACCAGCAAUGGCACAGUUCAACAUGUCAAUGGAUCUAGUCAACAAACCCUCCGUGGACCCGAGUAGGCCCAUGACAUGGUGGGACAAGAUCCGUCUGCUUCUUCAUGGUCGACUGACUAUGUCUGUAGAACAGAUGAGCUGGCUCUAUCAUGCUUCCUUUGAUCCAUACAACACCACAGAGUUCAUGGACUGGUCCUGGACAGACCUCAUCUUGGACUGGACCAAUGCAAGAUUUAGGUUGAAGGGAGAUUUGGAUAUUUAUGCCAGAACGGCUUCCAAGUAUGAUGACUGCAAGUUAUUACAUCUUCCUAACCUCAGUCUUAGUGUCAAGUUGGGCUGGAUCUGCCUCGGGGAUGCUAACGACCAUCAUUCUGUGAUGCCAUGUGCCCCUGACAAAAAACCCGAAUACUCACUGGAGGAGCAUGACUCUUUCCGAGCCUUCAGAUCUCAGAACUUGAACUUGGAGAUUUCUAUGGAUACAAAGCCAAAAAGGGACAAUACACUGAAUGUUCCAAGCUGUCUUUUUUAUGCCAGCACUUUAAAGUUUCUUGAUAAAAUUGGGACAUGUCUAGCCUCAGUGACAAGACCAAUUAAGAGGGGAGGGAUUUUCCAGAACACCAAACCCAGAAAAAUUCAACUGACCAGGCAUUACAAAACCAUAAAGCUGGAUGUGAACCUCCACCGAUUCAACAUCUGCUACUGGAUGUCGUUCUCCAAGCAGCACGGCCAGGAGCUGUUGGCGGACUCGUUCGUCCUCCACUCCUGUAACGACCUGACCCUGGUUCCUGUAGAGGAUGGCCUGUUCCAUCGAUCGGCCGCUAACUGGAGCGUGAGAUAUCUCGGCUGUGACCUGACUGCGGCCAAAGUGUGGCUACAGAGUGCCAGGCAGACUGCUGAUGAGCUGAAUGUCUCGCUCAGAAAUCCAGUGGAUAAAAAACUGUUCAUAACUGUCAACAGGGUGACUUACAAGAGAGGGGAUGUAACCAGCCCAAAGACGGAGGGGGCAGAGAGCGAGUCAGAGAGUGAGGGAGAGCCGGAUCCUAAGGAGCAGAAGUCACAGUUUGUGCACAAUCUACGCGUGUACGAAAUGAAGGGAGCCUGGACCAAGCACAACAGGAACGUCCUGAUAGGGCUGUACGACAGUUACCAGAAGGCGCAGUCACUGAGGCGGAACCUGGCGGCUGACGCUCUCAAGGCAUUCAAAGUGGAGGGAGGAGCCACUACUAAGAACCGUUCUGCAUCAAUAUCAGCAGGACAGCCUGGCUCUCCUACCCAUGAGUCACCCACCUUUGACUACCUCCACAUACUAGAGAAACUGGUGGCCGAGUCAGACACCAAGUCUGUUGUAUUCACAGAGGAGCCCUCAAGCUCUAACUUGGAACAACUUCAUGGUAAAGCUGCCUGUAUGAAGGAAGAAGAUAUCAUUUGCAGGAACUGGCUCAUUGAGUUAUACAACAGUCAGGUGGUUCUGAAGGGGGUGGAGACUGAUGGUCACGUGAUAGUCAGUGCCGCCAAGGCGGAGAUAAUGUCCUAUGAGUACCAGCCAGUGUGGCAGAAUCAACAGGUCCACAGCAAGACUUCCUGGGUCAGCUCCAUUGAUUGCAUGCAGUACUAUGCCACAGUGGAUUCUGGGAAUGACUUUGAGGAGGACUGCUAUCCGUGGCUGUCCAAAGAGAACGUGGAGGACCGGACUGAGGAGGACCUGAGUGGGCUCCCAGAGAUGGUGUCCAGCGGUCACAGUGUGGGGGGCGUGGUCUACAGUACCAUACCUGGCACCAAGACACAAGUACAGCUACAGAGAAUCAUUUCCCGGUGUAAGUGCCAAAUAUUUUAUGCCAGCUAUGGAAAAGUUGGACCAGACAUCACACUGGCCAUACCUCCCCCGCCGACAGAUGAAUCCGACAUUGUAGCAACAGAGGAAGCUGUGGAUACCUUUACUCUUCUGCAUCAUGACUUGAACAUCUGCACCAACUUUCCACAGUACCAAAUGAUCUUGGACAUUGUUAACAAUUUGCUACUUCAUGUGGAACAAAAACAAAAGGAGACCACAGAUAAACUGCAGGACAUGAGGUUCCAGCUCCAGCUCUCUAAAACAGAGGACCAGAAGACACCCAUUCAACAAACCCAGGAAAAUCUCCGAGAGCAGUGUCUGACUCUUCGUCGAGUUGAAAAGGAUCUCUACCUCAUUCACAAGGGUCUGGACGAUGAUGAAGACAACGAAAUACUGAUGCAGCAGAGUGAAGAACUGGAACAACAGCUGUUUGACCUGAAGGACCACAUCUAUGACCUCAAUGAAGAACUCUCCAUGAGAAUUAGUUGUUAUAAAGAAAGCCAGCUUCAAGUUAAAGCAUUACAGAGAACCAUGAAAGCUCAACAUGUUCAUGUGUCAAGGAGGAAUGAAGUGUGUUUCAAGUUUGCCCAGUGGAGACUUACGGGAAACGAUGGUCAGCUAGGUAUCACAGAUCUGAUGCUCAGGAACUUUGUAUACACAAAAGUCAACAGAGACAACGAUACUUGGACCCAUCAAUUGGAGCUGGGUUGGGUCAAAAUGACCAACUUACUACCAAACUCAAUCUACAAGGAUGUACUUGUUCCCCUGGUGCUAGGCAAGGAGAAUGAUCUCAGACAGAUGGCUCUCAGGAUCAUAUGUAGUGAGCGACCUCCAGUUGGGGGUAUUGCUGUGAAAGAACACUUUGAGGUGAAUGUUGUCCCCAUACGUAUCCAGAUGACAUUCCAGUUCUACAAGACAGUCAUGGGAUUUUUCUUUCCAGACAAAAACAUUGAGUCAGAGGGACAAGAUAGGGAUUCGGAUAAAUCAGGGCCUAAGAAGAGACUGGAGAAGAAGCCGUCCAUUAAGAGAGACAGUGUCAAGAGGAAUGCUUCAUCCCACACCUUCGCAGAGAUUGAUAAGAUGAAGGAACGAGCUUCCAAUAACAACACUUUUGUCUAUGUCAAAAUUCCUGAGGUCUCCCUAAGAGUCAGCUAUAAGGGAGAGAAAGAGAAGAACAUAGCUGACAUUCACGACUUCAGCAUUGUUCUCCCUACUAUGGAGUACCACAAUCAGAUCUGGACCUGGUUUGAUCUCCUGAUGGCCAUCAGGGGGGACACCAAAACGGUCAUCUUAUCCCAGGCCAUCAAACAAAAGCUCCACAUGAAAUCCAGGGCGGGGGAGGAAACCCAGCGGACAGAUGCUCAACAAGAGGAGGACAAAAUGAAGAUGUUACUGGGUCCCAAAUUGCUGGCAGGGCAAGACAAACCAACAAAGAAAGGAAUAUUUGGAAAAUCUCAGAAAAAGUAGUGCACAGCAUUGCAAACCAUCUUUGUUUUUAGCGAGUACCGGUGAUUUAACUGGUGAAUUAUUGAUGUCAAUGACUAGUUUUUGCCUAUGAGGCCUUAUGAAAUUACAUUAAAAAUGCAUUUGCAUGUGUAUGAUUACUAACAGUGGUUCAUAACAAUGAAUAGUUGCAAGCAAGAAGUACUAAAAAAGUCAGAAGUAUUUCCUGCACAUUAAUUUAAGCUAGAUAAAGGUAUUACAAAGUAUAUAAUAAUGAGGGCGGUUAGUGUCUGUCAUAAACCUUCAUUAUUUGUCUUUGUUUGUCCUGACAUAACAGAAAGUAUUGCAAGAAGGAACAAAAGUGAACAAGUUUUUUUGUGACCCAUCAUAGAAGUUACGACAAAUGAAAGUUGUAACUUAUACAUUAGGUUCGUGUACUAAUACAUUGCACUGGUACUUGUUUAUAUUUGCAUGUUUUAAAGUAAAUUUUUUUAAAGUAAUUUUUUUUAUCUGCACAUGUAUCAAUAAUAUAUGUGUGCUAUAAUAUAUUUUUAAAUCUAUGAUGGUGUAUGAUCAUUUACACUGUCUUACUGACAGAGUCAUGACGGUGAACAUGUAAAAGCUAUUGCUACAAUAUAUAUGUAAUUAAUAUCUCUGGUAUACAUAAAUUUUGAAACAUUCCUUCGAUAUGCUUUUUGCAUUUCAAACAGAUUUUAUGCCAGUUUGGCUAACGUUUAUUGUGAACAGUAAAAUUGAACAUAUUUUAAGCUGUGUUCCCGUGCUUACACCAUUAGUGCAGUCACAAAUGGCUAGCUAGUCUUGUAAAACAGAAUAAAGGACAUUAAUGAAAUAAGGAUGGUGUCAUGUCUUUAAGAAGGUGCUAUCUAUACAUAGGUAUUUUUUAUUCAAGUCACACUUUACCAAAAGACCUCCUUUGUAUGUGAUUGUCAAAACAUGUUACACACAUACUGUGGUGAGAGCCAAACCGUUUUUUUUUUCUCUUAUCGCUUAUGGUGCUGUUGUUAUAUUUGCUAUUUAUUGUUUGUUCAUUUAACUUAUUACAGUCUGUGAUAUAGUCAAUUAUUGUAACAUUUUCGAAUAAUGUUUUCAAUAAAUUUGUUCCAACAGUU